AUGGUCGCUUCGAACAUCCCCCCGAUUCAGUUCACGCCCGUCGAGGAUAUUCCGGGUCGCGUGUCUACCCUGCGUAAGACUUUCCUGGAACAUAAGACUCGCGACCUUGAGUUUCGACUGGUCCAGCUUCGGAAGCUCUACUGGGCUGUCAAGGAUCAUGAGCAAGAGAUCGCCGAUGCCUCCGCUUUGGACUUGGGUAAACCUCGCUUCGAAACCGAGGUCGCUGAGAGUGGAUGGCUGCAGAAUGACAUCGUGUUCGUGACGCGAAACUUGCACAAGUGGGCCAAGGAUGAGAAAGCCGAAGAUAUUGAUUUGUCCUACAAAUUCAUGAGUCCUAAGAUUCGGAAGGAUCCAUUGGGUUGUGUUCUGGUUAUUGGCGCUUUCAACUAUCCCUUCCAAUUGACACUCGGUCCGGUCAUCGGCGCUAUCGCAGCUGGUAAUACUGUUGUGAUUAAGCCUAGUGAGAAUGCGCCCAACUGUGCGGUUGUUCUCCAACGCAUCGUUGAGGCAUCCCUCGAUCCGUCCUGCUAUACUGUUAUUCAAGGAGGUAUCCCGGAGACCCAAGCUUUGCUCGCGGAGCGAUGGGAUAAGAUUUUCUUCACUGGUGGCGCCACCGUAGGCCGUAUCAUCGCCAAGGCAGCCGCUCCUCAUUUGACUCCCGUCGUGCUGGAGCUGGGUGGCAUCAACCCGGCCAUCAUUACCAAGAGCGCCAACCCCAGACUCGUUGCGCGGAGACUUCUGUGGGGUAAACUGAUGAAUUCCGGCCAAAUCUGUACCUCCCAAAACUACCUGCUGGUUGACAAGGACCUUGUGCCUGCCGUGAUAGAGGAGUUCAAGAAAGCUUAUAAUGAAUUCUAUCCUCAGGGCGCCAAGGCAUCGCCAGACUAUUCUCGCAUCAUCAAUGAAGGUGCAUUCCACCGCAUCAAGUCAAUGCUCGACAAUACCAAGGGCAAAAUUCUCAUGGGUGGUACAAUGGACGAAAAGGAGCGCUUCAUCGAGCCAACCUUGGUUCUGGUAGACUCGGUUGAUGAUUCGAUGCUGACUCAGGAAAGCUUCGGUCCUUUGAUUCCUAUCUUGCCCGUGGACAACGUCGAACAGGCAGUCAACAUUGCCAAUGGAAUCCAGGCCACUCCCCUGGGCCUUUACCCGUUCGGCUCUAAGGCAGAUACUGACAAGGUUCUUUCUACUACUCGCUCUGGUGGUGUCUCCGUCAACGACGCGGCUUUGCAUAUCCCUACCCUGCCAUUCGGUGGUGUCGGUGAAAGUGGCCACGGCGCCUACCGUGGCAAGGCCAGCUUUGACGUCUUCGUUCACCGUCGUCCCAUCACUAGCACACCCAGCUGGCUCGAAUCCAUCCUCUCGAUCCGCUACCCGCCAUACGCGGGUAAGCUGAGCAAGUUCAAGGCCGCCAGCACUCUUGCACCCGACUUUGAUCGCAACGGAAACAAGAUCCGAUUCGGCUGGCUCCGUUAUAUCCUCACUCUCGGUGGAGGCUCUGCGAAGGCUGGUGCUGGCAGAGCCGUCGUUGUCGCUGCUGUGGCCUAUGUCGUGCUCCAGGUUCUUGAACGCCGUGCUUCGAAGCUUUAA